UUGAAACCCGCCACCAUGGAAUUGGAGUUUAGAACCUCGUUCGAGACUAUCAUUAAUUGCAAGCAUAUAUCGGGAACGGAAUCCUGCCGUUGUGGUCUUGUUGCGUAGCCUGACUACAGGUGCCCCGCCCAACGACGAUAUCACGGUGCCUUGGAAAGUUGAAUCAACUCUGGCCGAGAGAUUUUCACUGGAGGGCAAUCCAGGACUUCGAGCGAGCAGGGAUGCCGAAGGAAACUGUGCUGCGAGUCUGCAGAUACUGACGCGGCUCGGAUGAAGGGUUGAAGCUUCUGCUAAUCAGUGGUCUAAAGACCAUGAACCAGAAGCUUCAGGAUGUUCUCGACCCUAAGUUUGAAAACGUCGAAGUAAUCUAUGCAGCCGUCAUGAGGAGGCAGGCAGGAAUCAUCAAGGCAUUGACGAUUGAGUCUGACGAACUCUUUCGACAAUGUGACCCAGACACGGAGAACUUGUGCUUGUACGGGCUACCGGAUGGAGGAUGGAAAGUUGCACUUCCAGCACAAGAUGUUCCUACAGAUUUUCCAGAACCUGCCGUAGGGAUAAAUUUUUCCAGGGACGGAAUGUCACGCAAAGAUUGGUUGACUCUAAUUGCCCUACACAGUGAUGCUUGGCUCCUCGCGAUAGCGUCCUUUUACGGCGCUGAGCUCACCCGAAACGAAAGGAAACGGCUUCUCGUCAUGCUUUGCGACUCACCCACGUCCUACGAUAUAGUCACUGGAAAGAACGUCGAUCGAGAGACCGUCGUGGAAGGCAACUUCGACGAUUUUCUUGACUACGACAGAGUUCAUCACAUCAAGGCCAUCGACGCUUGCAGUACCAUGAGCACGCGCGGGUAUAAGGACGAAAUUCGAGUCAAGCAAGUGAUCACGGAAGAGGAUGAGAGAGGCAAAAUGAUCUCGAAUGAUACGUUCUUCGCGCCAAAAGUGGUGAAACAAGCGUCUUUGACCAACCCCGCAACUCCAGACAAACAAUGGGAGCGAGUGCUGCCGCAAUUCCUCGAUCUGUCGACAAUUUUAGAACUCAAUUCGCGGAGCCAGCAAAAGUAGUUUCUGAAGCUCCCUGUGUGCCUGAGAUGGCUCAGUCCAUUCACAUGAACGCAACUGCUGGAAUCGAUGAUUUGUCAGCGCCCCAAGCUACCAGCCCGGCAGAUCCCGAGGUGCCCGAAUUGAACCUUUAUAACCUCCUGAAAUUCCGCGCAUGAGAUAUCUCUAGAACUAAAGUUUGGAGUCGUCUGGAUCCUUGCAAAUGAGUCACAAGUUAAAUUUGCGCGAAGACUGUAACCUUGGAAGACCAGGUGGACUUCAAUGCAAGUUGCUGGCUAUUCAUGCUUAACGAUAUUUGAUGAAAUGAGCGGAUUUGGACGUGCUAAUCAGUUGUGAGGAGCUUAAGCCAACCCAUUUCACCGAUCCUUCAUUCUCUUUGUUUUGUAUUUACGGUUUGCACACAGCUGUGGAUGUUGCAAGUCAAGAGGAAUAAAUCCAGCCUUGAAGUAUUAGAUUCUUGCUAUGGAACCAAGUAUUCUUUUGACUUUUUAAUAUGCUGUAAAUAAAAUCUAUAUUUCAAAAUGUUAUAACUG